CACACAGCCGCGUCGAAUAAGAUACUUCUACCACAGAGAAAACGGAUUAAACACCGCCGCUUUAUUGCACCGAGUGCAGGUGAAGGUUUUCUGCAAAGGCGAUGUUCCGGUUGUGUCUAUAUUGUAUGGGGCUUGAGUACAGCUAGAGAGCUAGCCUGUUUUCGCUAGCCCUCGCUGAAGACGAGCGAAGCGGCCCCAAGCUGUCCCGAAGGAGGACACCAUCGUGGGGGUUCACCGAGCUCCGCAGCCUGCUAACUGCAAAGACAGCUAACCGGGAAUAAGCACGGGAAUGGUGCUUUGCAUCGACUCACUGUACAGACAGAGAAAAGCAAGGGGCACACGGGUCAGACCAGCGAGCUGUAAUAGUUGGACUCAAACGGUUUUACACGGACGGAACUGCUCUCGGGCGGACGAAUGUGUUUAUGACCGUGGGAGCUAGCUGACGAGCUAACUGAGGGAAACGACCCCCAUCGCCUGCUCGGGCUUUUUCCAACUGCAGCCACGGCUAAUGUUAGCCAGAGCGAGAAGAGCACUGAGUACACACCUCUGGGUUUAAUAACACGAGGAUAAAAUACAGCCAACGCUCAGACGAUGGGUCUCUAAACCCAAUUAGUUAUUUAUUCAAUAGAAAGCACAAGUCAAGGGGUGUUUGACUUAACCUACUAGCAAACACGACCGACGUUAAAGUCAUACAUGCUGUUGGUUAAGUUUUGCUCCGUGACUAGAUUGAAUUUUUUGUUUUCCACUUUUUUUAUUCGGGAUUUUGUUGCUUCGCUUCGGAUGCUGGUAUUACAUAUUCAAUGCAGUCAUGAUGAUAAUAAGCAGAAAACCAGAGGGCCCUAUAGCAACAGCUCGCCAUGGUGAUGGUCUGUACGACUCGUACAUGAGGACAGACCACAUGCUUAAAGACGAAGAGGAUACAAACAGUCCGGCUGUGCUGCCCUCUAUGCCCAAACACACAGUUGUCAGUAACAAGACUGUCAUGAGGGAUCAGGUAACUGUGCGAGGUGGCCAGCUGAAGGUGAAGUACCUCCACGAAGACUCCACCAAUAACCGAAAGGUCAACGCCAUAACCACAGCAGCCACUCAGAACAGUGGGACCACAGGUCAGACGCCCAGUAAACCUACCCCGGUCUCCAGUCCGUCCAAAGAGCACAGUGUAGACAGCACUGAAUCCAGUAAGGGCUCCUGUGAUUCCUCUGGGCCUCAUGGAGUUGGCAAUGGAGGGAACAGUGGGAAGCUGUGUGGCCCUCUCACUCCUGAUCAGGCUCUCCGACUGUACCGGUCUCAACUGACCAACCUGGAGCAGACGGAGAUCCACUCCUACCCCGACGUCUUCUUUGUGGGACCCAAUGCCAAGAAGAGGCCUGCAGUCGCUGGAGGCACCAACAACUGUGGCUACGAUGAUGAGCAGGGUGGAUACAUUCACGUCGCCCAUGACCACCUAGCUUACCGCUACGAGUUCCUCAAGAUCAUUGGUAAAGGUAGCUUCGGCCAGGUGGCUAAGGUAUACGAUCACAAACUGCAGCAGCACCUGGCUCUCAAAAUGGUGCGCAACGAGAAGCGUUUCCACCGGCAGGCGCAAGAGGAGAUCCGCAUCCUGGAGCAUCUGCGCAAGCAGGAUCGUAAUGGCACGAUGAACGUUGUGCACAUGCUUGAAAACUUCACCUUCCGCAACCACAUCUGCAUGACCUUUGAGCUGCUGAGCAUGAACUUGUACGAGCUAAUCAAGCGCAACAAGUUCCAGGGCUUCAGUCUGCCACUGGUCAGGAAGUUUGCCCACUCCAUUUUGCAGUGCCUGGAGGCCCUGAGCAAGCACCGAAUCAUCCACUGUGACCUCAAACCCGAGAACAUCCUGCUCAAACAGCAGGGACGCAGCGGCAUCAAGGUGAUUGAUUUUGGCUCCAGCUGUUUCGAACACCAGCGGGUGUACACAUACAUCCAGUCUCGUUUCUAUCGCGCUCCAGAGGUGAUCCUUGGUUCCCGUUACGGCCUCCCUAUUGAUAUGUGGAGCUUCGGCUGCAUCCUGGCUGAGCUGCUGACGGGCUACCCGCUGUUCCCCGGCGAGGAUGAGGGUGACCAGCUGGCCUGUGUCAUGGAGCUGCUGGGCAUGCCUCCGCAGAAGGUCCUGGAGCAGGCAAAGAGAGCAAAGAACUUCAUCAACUCCAAGGGCCACCCACGCUACUGCGGCGCCAACACCUUGCCCACGGGCGCCACUGUGCUCACAGGGUCUCGCUCUCGCCGAGGCAAGAUGAGAGGUCCCCCGGGUAGCAAGGAGUGGAGUGCUGCUUUCAAGGGCUGUGAGGACCCCACCUUUACUGACUUCAUAAAGAAGUGUUUGGACUGGGACCCCUCGUCUCGUCUCACACCGAUCCAGGCCCUCAGACACCCCUGGCUGUAUCGGCGCCUACCCAAACCGCUACCUGGGACUGAGAAGAGCCAGGGGGCCUCCAUGAAAAGGCUCCCCGAGCACCACAGCACCUCCUUCCCCUCAAUCCUGGUCAAAGGAGGGCCUGGCUUAGGCCCCUCAACCAUCAACAACAAACUUCGGAGCAACAUUUUGGUGGAGUCAGGGGAGGUCAUACCUCUUCGCACAGUCCUACCCAAACUGGUCUCUUAGAGAGAGAGUCCUGUGAUCUCCUCUCUUCUUCCACUGCUUCCUCCUCUGCACUCCUCAGGAGGAGUCAGAGGACAGGACAAAGUGGAGGCUAGGUUUUAAACUCGUUUAGUUGUUCUUUUAUUUGUUUUCUACUGAGAGGUGUCGACACCCCAGUUCCUGGUUUUAAUAGUAGCUGAACAGAGACAGACAAUAAAAAAACAGUUUUUAUAUAGAGGAUUUUCUUGAGUGGCUGUGAAAUUUCUGUAUACAGCCAUUGAUGUGGUUUGAUUUAGACGAUGCUUUUUAAAAAACUUUCUGUAUGAGUGGACAGCUUCUUCAAUGAGCACAUUUUUUUAAACCUGUGUGUGUGUUCUCACGUAAGUGGUGUGUUUUGGUAAGACACAUUCAAGCACACCUGCACUGUCACAUGCCUCACUUCACACUCAGAGGACGCCUCCCUUUCUUGGCAAGAGAGAAACUUGAAAAGGGCUACAAAGAUUGCUCUUAUCACAUUAGAGUUGGCAAAGCAAAGAUGUGUUUAGCCAAUGUAAUUCAAUAGAAAACAAGAAUCAAGCGUUGUUUGUGCCCCGCACACACUGAAACACUUCUCAUAUAUACAACAUGGGAGGGAUUGGCAUUAACGAGUGAAGAAUUAAGAAAGCAUUUUUUAGCAAUAAGUCUUCACUUCUUUUUCUUUUCAAGUUAUGUUUUUUUUCUACCUUUUCUGAACCCUGGUGCUUGCAUUUCAGCUCAAUAUGUGAUGUUAGUACUUAGGUGUGCUGUAGCUUCGUGGUGCUCUGUGCGAGGUAUUGAGAGGCCGUUGGACAACCUAUUUACAGCCCCUUCCUCCUCAACUCUCCGAUUUGAGUAAAACGUCUGGGGGUGAGGAGACUAGCUCGGCCACACUGGGUACUUCACAAAGUGAGUCUGGCUCACAUCAGCUGAGGGAGAGAGUCGAAGUGAGAGGAGAGCUGCAUGUCAUUACACAUACUCGCCUUUGGGGUGAACAGUUGGCUGUGGAAAGUUAAAAGUUUGUAUCAAUGUCAACUUCCCAUGCCCCCUAAUGGACUGCUAUUAUUGUUUGCAGUGGUGCAGUAAUCUGUAUUGAACAAUGUGAGAUAGAUUAUGGGAUAAAAGGAAGGGUGGUAUGUUUAAUAUGAGCAAGCUGUUUUUUACAUUUUUAUUUCAGGGGGAAUUGUUGAAAAGUUGACAGGCCAGUGACAAAGGAGGGUUAUCAUGGAACUGAACAGAGAAGCGAUUCUCAGGAAGACAUACUUGAUACAUCCCUUUAAUCUUAUUUGCGAUGUUCCACUUCCAGUCCCGACUAUGGAUGAGCAGACAUGUAGUUUUGUCCAUUGAGAGCAAGAGAAUGCGAAGGAGGGUCUGCAGGCACCACAAUCUGACCUAGAUUCUCUCCUCCCCCACCAUCUCUUUCCCUUUUGUCGUCUCACCCUUGUCUCAUGGAGGGCAGGGAACCUCUUAAACGUACACAUAUAUAGUGUAUUAUGGUGCUGUCCCAAACACACACACACACACACGUCAGGUGCACGUUGUAUGGACCACACCGCUCAAAGAGUUCCUUCUCUCGUCCCUUGUAUGAAGUGAAUCUGUCAGGGAUUUAUACUGUCUCAAUCGUUUUUAUUUUUUUUAUAGAAGUGAUUUCUAUUUGCUAUUCAGUCCAGAAUAUCAGAGGAUGUAAAACGCAAAAGCUGAAAAAGAGAACGCAGUAUACUGUCAUGUUGUAGCUCGUGGUGUGCGUUAGUAGGAGGGUGUUUGGUGUUCGGUGUUCCAGCAUGAAAUCACAACCUGUUAUCAGACUGAGUGACUAUGAAAAGAGAAACUGUACAGUAACCAAAUGAAGUUGUGAUAGUUUCUUUUUCUAAAGAAAAUAAAAAUUAUUAUUAACUUA